UAAGAGAGAAUAAGUUUCAUUUGUAGUUUGAUUACCGAUGGCUAGCAAUCCGUAUGUCAAAUCUUUGCUCUGGCUUGUUGGUUUUGGUGGCAUUGGCUACGGACUUAUGCUGCUCACGGAACCCAACGCCGAUAAGAUUGAACGUAUAAAAGCAUCGGUAUCGCCAACACAUUUAACAGAGGAUGAAAAAAAGAAGGCUUUGUUCAUGAAAAAACUCCAGGAGGCGGCAUCAACAAGUACUCCAAUUUACAGGACAGCCACUUCCGACAAAAAAGAUAAUUAGACUUAGAUUUGUAUUGUAAUAAUUUGUUUAUACUGUGAAAUACAUGUAAAUGUUGAUAUAAAAAAUCAGAAACU